GACAUAAAGUUUCAGAUAAAUAUCGUAAAUCCGUGGAAGUUGCAUGGUUAACUAAAAGAUUAAGUAAUAAGUGAAAAUAGUGGUAACUUAAUAAAGAAAUAAUCUAAAACUUUUUAAAAUUUGAGGCUGUCCGUAUAUAAAAUGAACUCUUUAUUAAGAAAUACAGCUCGGCCAUUAUUUCGGUGUUUCUCUACCUCGCCUGUGAAAUUUUGCGCUCAGCCGCCAAAGUUAAAGCCGAAGAAGUUUAUUGGUCCAGUGACAUGGAAGUCCAUGACUAUGACAGCACUUGUAGGGGGAGGGCUGACAGCCUUUAUGUUAUAUGUAAGAAAAGAGAAACAAGAAGCUUUGGACCGCGAUAGAAAGAGGCAGUUGGGCAAAGCUAAGAUAGGUGGAACAUUUGAAUUGGUUGAUUCUGAGGGAAAAAUUGUAAAAAGCACUGAUUUUCUUGGUAAAUGGUUGUUAAUAUAUUUUGGUUUUACACACUGUCCUGACAUUUGCCCAGAUGAAUUAGAAAAAUUGGCUCUGGUUGUUGAUACUCAUGACAAAAUACCAUCAGCCCCACCACUGCAGCCGCUGUUCAUUUCAGUUGACCCUCAAAGAGAUACACCCGAGAUUGUCGGAAAAUACUGCAAAGAGUUUACUCCAAGGUUGCUAGGAUUGACAGGUACAAAGGAACAGGUUCAACAAGCAUGCAAGUCAUACAGAGUAUACUUCAGCGCCGGCCCACAGGAUGUCGACAAUGACUAUAUUGUGGAUCACACAAUUAUUAUAUACCUUGUGGAUCCGGAUGGUGAGUUUGUGGAUUAUUACGGACAAAACAGAAACGCCAAGGAAAUACACGAUUCAAUUCUUGUGAAUAUAAAGAAAUACGAAGACGGGAAGAAAUCAUCUUGGUUCUGACGAGAUAAAUAAAGUGAUAUAGAAAUUACAUUAAAUAAAAAAUUAAUUUAUUUAUCAAAUUAAA